AUGAACACGAACGAUGGUGUAUCAGAUAUUGAAUCUUUGAUAGUCGAUAGUUCUAGGCCGCGAUCAGGUAUAUCUCAUAAUCUAAGAUUACCAAAAAUUUCCUUACCAUUUUUAUCGGGUGAAGAAAAUUAUUGGUCAUCAUUUCACGACCGAUUUAAAUCACUAAUUUAUGAUGAUUCGAGUUUGUCUACAACAGAAAAAUUCUUCUAUUUGCAAUCAGCAGUAAAAGGUGAAGCUGCAAAAUUAAUAGGUGACUUAGAAAGUACUGAUUCAAAUUAUGAAAUAGCAUGGGAUAUGUUAAAAGACAGAGAAGGUGAUGGCCGAUUUGUUGUUAAAUUACCUUUAAAAAAAAAACCUAUUUUUGGCCAAACUAGGGAUAUAGCUCUAAAGCGACUGAAGUCUGUAGAAAAAAGAGUGCUGAAUAAUAGUUACUUGAAUACGGAAUAUUCUAAAUUCAUGGAAGAUUAUUUCAAGUUGGGGCAUAUGUCCUUGGUAAACGAAUCUUUAGGGUCAGAAGUUAAAUUCAUUUUACCUCACCACUGUGUACUAAAAUCUAGUUCUUUGACUACUAAAGUACGGGUAGUUUUUGAUGGUUCCUGUAAAUCAACUAAUAAUAUCAGUCUGAACGACGUUUUGAUGGUGGGUCCAAUCAUACAACCUGAUAUAUUUAAUACAUUGUUAAGAUUUAGAAAGCACCAAAUUGCCUUUACGGCAGAUAUAGAGAAGAUGUAUCGACAAAUAAAGUUACAUCCCUCGGAUCGACAAUUUCAACAUAUAUUAUGGCGAGAAGAUAAGUCCAAAUCGGUUCAAGAAUAUGAACUUAAUACUGUAACUUACGGCUUAGGUCCUAGUUCAUUCUUAGCCACCAGAUGCUUGAAGCAACUGGCUUUAGAAAAUUCAAAGGAUUUUCCCGAGGCAAGUCACGUUAUAGAAAACAAUUUCUACAUGGAUGAUUUAAUCUCAAGAACCGACAGUGUAGAAGACGCCAUUUAUUUAAUCAAACACUUGAUAAAUAUUCUAGAUUCUGCUAAAUUUCCACUUCGAAAAUGGACGUCAAAUAGAACAGAAAUAUUUGAAAAUUUAAAUCUGGAUCUCUCUUCCUCUGAAUUUAUGAUUAAGGAUGGAUCCAGUACAAAAACGUUAGGAGUCUUUUGGUUCUCCUUAGAGGACGUUUUUAGUUAUUCCGCUAACAAAUUAAGUAUAAAAACUUAUACCAAAAGAUCGAUUCUAUCUAUAAUAUCACAAGUUUUUGAUCCGUUGGGAUUAAUCGCCCCGGUGACAAUAACGGCAAAAAUUUUACUGCAGAAAUUGUGGUUACUCAAGGUAAGUUUAGCUUGUGCAAAAUCCAAGGUAGCACCUUUGAAAACAAUUACCCUUCCCCGCCUGGAGCUUAUGGCAGCACUUUUAGGUGCACAAUUAGCUUCAAGGCUACUGGAAUCAUUGAAUUUAUCCUUUGAUAAAAUAAUGUUUUGGUGUGACUCCACAAUUACAUUGGCGUGGAUAAAAAAGGAACCUAGUACUCUUAAGACUUUUGUAGCUAACAGAAUAUCUCAAAUUCAUAGCUUAACGAUGAACAAUGAAUGGAGAUAUGUGCCUUCUUCGGAAAAUCCAGCCGAUUUCGUAUCAAGGGGAGUACAACCUUCAGAAAUUAGCUCAUAUAAAAUGUGGUGGAAUGGGCCCUCCUUUUUGCCGCAUUCUAGCCAAUGGCCUUUAGCUCCAAAUAAUGGUAUUACAAAUUUACCAGAAACAAAACUUUCUAUAAAUUUAACCUUGGGAGCACAGAUAUGCAAUGAUUUUGACAUAAUAUCUAAAUACUCUAAUUACAAAACUUUAUUGCAUGUGACUGCGUAUUUAUUUAGGUUUGCAUCGAAUUGCAAAAGGUCAGUAAAACUCAGAAAUUUAGGUGAACUAACUUUGGAAGAAAUUAAUAUCGCUAAAUGUACUUUGAUAAAAUCAGUACAGUACAAGAAUUUUAAACCAAAAAUAGACAAACUCAAAUCAGGAAAACAGAUUUCACGUAAAAGCAAAUUGCUUCCUCUUUCACCAUUCUUAGAUUCCGAAAAUAUAUUGAGAGUUGGUGGCAGGCUGAACAAAUCUGAUCUAUUUUAUAACCAAAGGCAUCAAAUUAUCUUACCUUGUAAGGAUUAUUUCACAGAAUUAAUUUUUAAUCAUGAGCACAAAAGGCUUUUUCACGCUGGUACUCAAACAGUACUAGCUACCAGUCGAAAUGAGUUUUGGCCUCUUUCUGGUCGCCAAGCUAUCCGCAAAGUUUUACGAAAAUGUGUAAAAUGUUUUCGAGUACAGCCUACUGGACUAAUUCAAAAAAUGGGUGAACUACCUUCAUCAAGGGUUAACCCAUCAAAGCCAUUUCAUACGGCCACUCACUUAGAACUAGUUAGUGAUCUUACCGCUGAUGGCUCCUUAAUGCAUUCAAAGGAUUUAUUUCUCGUCGUGGUUUAUGUAGGCACAUUUAUUCAGAUAAUGCAAGUACCUUUCCAAUCUCUAGUUGUUCAAGAGUUUAUAACCGAUAACUUGAUUACUUGGCAUUUUAAUCCUCCUUACUCUCCUCAUAUGGGAGGAUUGUGGGAACGUGCAGUUCGCUCUACUAAACACCAUUUGAAACGUGUACUUAACAACACUUACCUUACUUAUGAAGAAUUUUAUACUCUUCUAUCUCAAAUUGAGGGCAUCCUAAAUUCUCGACCUCUCCUUCCUCUUACCGAAGAUCCUGAUGAUCUACAGCCUUUGACUCCAGCACAUUUCUUAAUCGGUACUGCUAUUCAAACAAUACCAGAGCCAGCUGUGGUCCAAGGACUACUUGAACUUACUAUCCAAGUGGGAUCUAUGGUGCUCUUAAAGGAAGAUGAUACCCCUCCAAUGAGUUGGAAAUUGGGAUGCAUAGUAAAGACUCAUCCAGGCAGUGAUGGACUUGUUAGAGUAGUGACAGUAAAGACUUACAGUGGUAUCACUAAACGUGCCAUAAAUAAAAUAUGUGUUUUACCUAUAGACGAUUAA